ACCCCAAUCCUUAACCUUAACCUCACUCAAUUUCAACUCAGGCUGAUGGCAGAGGACGAUCCGUGAACGUUUAAGGCUUGGUCGUAGACGUAAGGCGAGGCCGAGGAAAACGUAAGUUGCACAUAAUAGCCUUUCGCGACUUACGUUUACCGCUGCCUCGUCCGACGUCUACGACUAAUGACAGACUUAAGCGUUGACAGGUCGCUUUCUGCCCUCGCUUUCGCCCGGCUCUGGGCCCGUCGCUGCCUGAAUUCGCGUCGUGCGCGAUGCCAGGCGCCCCGCCGCGGACGCCGGCGACCCCCCGUGCCCGGUAGCCGAUCAUGAACGCGGGAUACGACGAGGAUCUGUCGGAGAAUCGGUUCCUGCGGGCCCUCCGGGACGAGCAUGGCGCCACGUUCCAGCGGGCCGUCCAGGAAGGCUGGAUCGUCUGCGUGCCGCGCAGCGACAGCUUCGCCAGCCGGCGGUUGCAGGAGAGCGAGGUCAACGCUCACGUCCUGGUGCCGGUGCGGGACAACCCCGCCGUCGCCCGCUUCAGUAGCCUGAGCGGCCGAGAGGUCCUGCUCGAGGACCGGGUCCUGCGGGUGAAGCGCGACAACGAGGACGAGUAUUCCUCGCGCCUGCUCUUCGAGGAGAUCUUCUACAGCGACGAUUUGCGUAAAUAUCGUAUAUGGUGCAUCGAGCGGCCGCUGGAGGCCGGCAUGUACGUCUCGGACAGCUGCGUGGACGUGGUUACGAAUCUCCAGGAGGCCGUCAACUUUCUGCAGGUGGAGCUGCCCGACAGGCAGCUGCGCGACGACUUCGAGGCCAAGAUCAAGGACUUCCUGUGCGUCCACAAGAACCUCGAGCGCGAACCGUUGCAGGUGCAGAGGGAUCUGGUGCGCGAGCUGUACGCGGACUGCCUCGAGACGCUGCUGGAGAACGCGGCGUCGUUGCGGGAGCGGGCGCCGGGCAGCAGGCAGUAUCAGCGGAACAUGAGGGUGUCGCUGGAGACGUACAUUCUGUAUGCGCUGCGGGACGUGCUGCUGAAAUCGCUGUCCGCCCGCACCGCCGCGGAGGACGCGAGUCUGAACAAGAUCGUCCGGAACUUGGACGGGCUGCAGUUGAGCGACCUGCGGGUGCGCGCGGACCUGCAGUCGCGCGUCCACGGCGGGAAGAUGGAGCUGUCGCGGCUGGACUGCUUCGUGACUGUGCUGGGCAAGAUCGAGUGCCUGCGCAGGACCGUCAGUUACGUGUCGCGCGGUACGUCGUCGUCCGUCACGUCGGACGAUCUGCUGCCGGUGCUCGUGCUCCUCGUCGUCAGCGCCGGCCUGUCCAACUGGACGGCGCAGUUGUACUUCAUGAGGCAAUUCCGUCUCUCCACCAGCGCCGCCUACGAGGCGGGCGAGAUCGGCUUUCUGAUCACUUCGCUGGAGGCCGCGAUCGCGCACAUCAAGUCCGGUGUGAUCUACGGCGAGGAGAGAUGCGGUCAGUCCACGGACCAGUCGAAACGCUCGUCCGCCGAUGACUUGUUCGCGUGCAUCAGAAACGGCAAUCUGUCCGAGGUGAAAAGAAUCUCCACCCACGACGUGCCCGAGCGGGUCGACGACGUCGCGCUCUGCCAUCCCCUGUGCACCUGCGCGUCCUGCGAGCGAAACUGGACGAAGCAGCGGGAGCUGAACGCGUGUCCCAGGGACGACAAGGGUCUGACGCCGCUGCACGCCGCCGUACUGCACGAUCAGAUAGUGAUCGUUGACUUCCUCCUCGACCGCGACACGGAUAUAAACGCCGUCGACUCGGACGGCAUGACCGCUCUCCACCACGCCUGCGUCAAGGGCCAUCAGAACAUCUUGCUGCUGUUGCUGCACGCGAACGCGGAUCCCGCGGUGGUGGACUCGCGCGGGAACACGCCGUUACACCUGGCGGUGGAUCGCGGCCACGAGAGCUGCGUCAAGGCGCUGCUGUAUCUGCUGGAGCACAUGAGGACGCCGGUAGACGCCAACGUCGCCAACGACAACGGCGACACGCCGUUGCACCUCGCGGCCCGCUGGGGCUACUGCGCGAUCGUCGAUAUCCUCCUGGAGUACGGCGCGAGUUGCCGGACGGCCAACAAGAAGGGUCAGACGGCGUCGAUGGUGACGUACAGCGAGGCCAUCGCCGAACUGCUCAGGUGUAACGCGGCGUCGGACGACAUUUGCGGCGACGCUGCCCUGGCUCAGCGGCGCGUCCUUGCGCAGCCUCGCCAGUCUGCGCCUUUUCAGCAGCAACGUCGCCGACCCGUGCUGGAGAGCAAGAGCCCGUCGCACUCGAAGGGCUACGCCAUCGCGGCGCAGCAUCGUGGACUGAUGGACAAGCUGCUCGCCGCGAUCACCGCCGACGAUAUAUGCCUGGCGUGCUACUACCUGGGCCUGGAGGUUUAUCGCGAGCGGCCGCCGGGCGCUCGCGCGAACCUAUGCCACCAUCCGCUCUGCGACUGCGAGCGGUGCUCGGCGAUCGGCGAGGGUAAGCUGGAGCGGAAGCGGAGGCAACGGGCGCUCGCGAUCAACGCCUGCAACGGCCUAGGCGAGACGGCGUUGCACGUGGCGAGCGCGACUGGUCGCACCAAGAUGGUGCAGCUGCUGCUGGACGCCGGCGCGAACGUCAACGUGGUGACCAAGCUGGAGGGUCGCACCCCGCUGCACCUGGCAUGCCUCAACGACCGCGUCGACGCGGCGAAGCUGUUGCUCAACUGCGCGACCUGCGACGUGGACGUCAAGGAUCGCGACGGCGACACGCCUCUGCACCUGGCGACUCUGGCCGGCAACAUCAAGUCCGUCGGCCUGCUGAUCAGAUACGGCGCGUGCACCGGCUCGCGCAAUCUGCGCAACAGGACACCGCUGCGGCAGGCCGAGGAGAGGCUGUCCGUCGCCUUCUCCGCGAAUCGCGCCGACAUACUCAAGAUUCUGAAACAAAACUCGGCGCAGUCGGCCGACGACUGACUAUUGGCAUCAGCCUCGUGUCUUGAGCUUUUCUACGUCUUUUCCACUUACCUCAAAUUAGUGCAACAGUUUCGCUAGACGUAGCCUUUAAUGAUGCUCGCGUGAUUUCUUCAUCAUCCGAUGUUCCGUCGCGGGGGAAAAAUGAAAGACGUCCACUCGGACUUACGCCGAUAUAUCGUAAUGUAAAUUGUACCGAGAGAAAUCUCCGCACAGAGGGACGACGAUUUUUAUUCUGUCAACGGCUCUGUUUCUGUUUCUUUAUUGUACGUACCUUAUGUAUGUGAUUAACAGUAUCUUCUAGCUAAGUAUCUUCGAUUAAGAAGAGCAGUAUCUUCUUACGUGAUUCCAACUUCGUCCGAACGUGACUUAACUCUGAUCUACGCAUCUAACAUUAUACGUGCCAAUUGCGAUUCUACAAUUAAGUCUCGUGCGCACCUCGAUAUAUCUUUCCGAACCGGUGAACGAGAUUUCUUCUUUAGAAUCGCGAGAAUUGCACAAAUUUGUACACACCGUACCGAACAAUCUAGUGAGACUAACGAGAAAUAUUAGUAGAUAAGUGAGACAAAUGGUGCAAUAUGAAUCAGGUCACAAAUAGAUUCGUAUAUUUUAUAUAUAAUCGGAAGCUGUAAAAAUAUAUAUUUGAAGCAAUAAGACUAGUUGUAAAUGUUUGUUUUGUACAAGAUGAUAAAAUAUAGAUACGUAUACGU